GGCGGAGCCGGCGGCCGCGCCCGGCGGGGAUCGCGGCGGGGCGCGGAGCGGCCCCGGAGGAUGGGGCGUGCGGCGGGAGGCGCUGGGCUGGGGACGGUGUCGCUUUGGGGCAGCCUCCUGCUUGCUGUCGGCCUUGCCCUCGACCCAGCACCGCAAAGCUGCAACUGCACGGAGCCCAUGGACUUCCAGGCUUUCCGGGAGGCUCCGCUACCCGAGAGCUGCUGCCUCAACUUUACCAGCUCCAACAUCACCCACCUGGACUGGGGUGCACUGGUAGGGGUGCGGGGGCUGCGGGAGCUCUACCUCUCGCACUGCAACAUCACGGCCAUCAGCAAUGCACAGGGAGUCCCCCCUGCCUUGGAGGUCUUGCACUUAAGUCACAACCUGCUGGAAAGUCUCCCUGGAAGCUUUCUGGAAAAUGCUCCUAAUUUGAGGGUCCUUUAUCUGGACAGCAACCAGCUCCAGGAGCUGCCCAAGUCCUUCCUGAAAGCAUCAACCCAGGUCCAGGAGGUCUACCUGGGCUUCAACGCCCUGACCUUCCUUCCCGCUAGCCUCCUGAAGCCAUCUCUCCUUCAGCUCCAGCUCUCCAACAACAGCUGGGACUGCAGCUGCGCUUUGCUCAGCAACCUGGAGGGUUGGCCCAGCCUGGUCACUGAGGUUAUCUGCCACACACCAGAGCAGUACCAUGGUGUGGACCUCCAGAGCAUCUCCCGGGAUGAGCUGUGCCACUCGCAGAGCCUCACCGCCCUCUUCAUCUGCCUGCCCCCUCUCCUCAUCCUCGCCAGCAUCACCUGGUGCUUCUGCAGGCAGAAGAGAAAGACCAACUAUGGCCUUCAGAGCAGGUCCCAGAGCCACCCAGCCCCGGCAGAGAGGGGCAACAUGCCAGUGCCUGCAGAGCCCCACCACUAUGUCCCCUACGAGUUGCCUGCUGCCCCCUCCAAGACUGAGAAGAAAGUGCUGCUUGGGAGCCAGGUCCUGCUCCAGCCCUCUGUGGACCCGCUGGAGAGCAGCAGAGACCUCUACGAGGAGGUGGAGAUCCAGGUGGGAUCGCCCAGCAGUUCCCAGGUGUCAACCCAUGAAGGGCAGCAGGGCACCCCAGCACCAAGGGCAGAGGAGCUGGGGGGCAGCGAGCCAGAGGUGGACACUGUCAGUGUGAGUGAAGUCCUGAAGGACUCUGCUGACCGGGAGAAGAUCUACAUGAAUCAGUCGACCAACUAUUACAACCUGGUACCCGGCAUUGAGAUGGAGGACUUGGACAACCUGGAGUAUGAGAACAUCGACCUGCACUGAUGCUGGGACUCAGGCCAUGUCUCGGACACACCAGGAGGAUGGCAGGGGCCAGGUGGUAGUGAAAGCCAGCAGAGGAGGAGAGGCACGAGCUGUCCUGCCCUGGCUUACAGUGUCUGUUUGCAAAGCUGUACCCCCAAAUUCUCAUCCAUUCCCCAGUGCUACAAUGUGCACCCCUCACCUGCCAUGUGCUGCAGCUGGGCAGGGGGGGCGAGGGUGCUUCGGGCACUGGGGACCGUGGUGCAGGCUGGCAGUGUUUGGGGACACACAGGCUCGCAACACAUGAGGAAGAAUGUGGAGAGGAGGCGGGGGCUGUCUUGUCUGGUUUUGGGGACCAGGUGACAAUGCUGUGUGUGCCAGACCCACCAACUGGGACCUCCAACCUCUUGCUGGAGCCAGAUGGUAUCUAGCACAGACCCACUGCUCCCCAGCCCACAGAUAACAGGGUCUGGGGACAUGAAACGGGGCUGACUCUGCCUACGUGGUCUGCGGGGGGGGAGUCAUGCACGGACAGCGUGUCCUGAGCUUGGCAGGGGGAGUCUGGGGUGUCCCUGCCUGCUCCCCACUCCACAUCCCUCUGUGUCCCACCAUGUGGCACUUGAAACAGCCAGUGUGCAUGUGCUGCUGCACACAUGAGUGUGCAUGCACACGUGUGUGGGGGGGCUGUGCACAGGUGGGUGUGAGUGCAUGGGCGAGGUGCACCCUUGUGUGGGGGAGGCAGUGGAAGGGGCCCCUUGCAGCCUCUCCUGCCUGAUGUGCUGCCAACCCCUGUAGGAUGCAGCUCUUAAUAAGAAAUAAAUCAUUUUACUCCUGGCAGUGCAGCUCUGCCCCUGUG